AGUCAGAAUUUCAAUUCUCAAGCUUUUACACACAGAUUUGUUCUCUCUCUCAAUCUUCGUUUUUCUCUUCUCUCUCUUUCUCAACCCUGCUUCUGCAUUUUCAACAUCAAUUUCACAAACCCAUCAACAUAAAUCGUAUCUUUUUCAUAACCCUUCUCUCUCUCUCUCAAACUCAAUGUAACUGCUUGAAACUAUUCAAUCUUCCAUAACCCUUUUAACAAAAGCUUCAAACUUUACACUCUCAAUUCAAUUACAAACACAUCCACAACAAUAACUCAAACUGGGUCAUCUUUAUUUUCCCCAAAGUGAAUAGGAUCUGAACAAUGAUGGGGGUUAGAAACAUUGUCUUGUUAUUGCUUUGUAUUACUGUUGUUGCUCCUAUUGUUCUUUACACUGAUCGUCUUGGUUCCUUUGAAUCUUCACCCUCCACUAAACAAGAGUUUAUUGAAGAAGUUACUGUUUUGCCUUUGAGUACAGCAGACUCUGGUCACUUGAAUCUGCUUCCUCAGGAAACUUCAACAGUUCUUAAGGAACCAAUUGGAGUUGUGUAUACAAAUGAGGAUUCAAUUAACAGAAGGAAUUUGCCUCGAGGUUUGCAAUUGGCGAAAACAAGGGAGCACGUGUCAGCAAGAGUAUUGUCAGCCACAACCAAGGAAGAUCAAGCUGAAAAGGAUGCCACCAUCAAACUUGUGACGGAUGAAAUUAAGCAAGGAAAUCAAAGCGGUGAGGGUACCUUGGAGAAAGCCGAUGCAACUGGUGAAAAUGUAAACGGGGAAGAUGCUAUUGAUGUUGAUGAUAAUGAUGGGAAACUCGCUAAAUCGUCUCAUGAUUCUACUCAAGAGCCUCUAGUUAAGGGUACCAUGCUGGAGCAACAACAAACAACAGAAAUUUCUAGCGGAACAAACAAGAGAAGACCUGAGACCAAUAAGCAAAAUGACCAAAUGCCAUCGGAUGCUCGGGUACAACAACUAAAAGAUCAACUCAUCCAAGCCAAGGUCUAUCUUUCCCUUCCAGUGGUUAAAAGCAACCCUCAUCUCACUCGGGAGCUUCGUUUAAGGGUUAAAGAAGUUUCACGAACACUCGGAGAAGCAACCAAAGAUUCUGAUUUACCUAGAAACGCUAAAGAGAAGAUGAAGGCAAUGGAGCAAACAUUGUUGAAAGGAAAGCAAAUUCAAGACGAUUGUGCUUCUGUUGUGAAGAAGCUCCGGGCUAUGAUCCAUUCAACAGAAGAGCAGCUACAUGUGCUAAAGAAGCAGACUCUGUUCUUAACACAAUUGACGGCAAAAACACUGCCAAAAGGUCUUCAUUGUCUUCCGUUGCGACUUACAACCGAGUAUUAUAAGUUGAAUUCUUCUCAGCAGCAGUUUCCAAAUCAAGAGAAGUUAGAAGACCCGCAACUAUACCAUUAUGCAAUAUUUUCAGACAACAUAUUGGCAACAGCUGUUGUUGUAAACUCAACUGUUCUCAAUGCUAAGGAUGCAUCAAAACAUGUUUUUCACAUAGUUACCGAUAGGCUCAACUAUGCUGCAAUGAGGAUGUGGUUUUUAGUUAAUUCACCCGGCAAGGCAACCAUUCAGGUUCAAAACAUUGAGGACUUCACAUGGUUGAAUGCAAGUUACAGCCCUGUACUUAAGCAGUUGGCUUCCCCAGCUAUGAUAGAUUAUUACUUCAAGGCUCAUAAAGCAACUUCUGAUUCAAACCUGAAGUUUCGGAAUCCGAAGUAUUUAUCUAUCUUGAACCAUCUUCGUUUUUACCUGCCCGAGGUGUUUCCAAAGCUCAACAAAGUAUUGUUUUUGGACGAUGAUAUAGUUGUGCAGAAAGAUCUCACCGGUCUUUGGUCAAUUGACUUGAAAGGCAAUGUAAAUGGAGCUGUAGAAACUUGUGGAGAAAGUUUCCAUCGAUUUGAUCGUUAUCUGAACUUCUCAAAUCCUCUUAUUGCAAAGAAUUUUGAUCCUCAUGCUUGUGGGUGGGCCUACGGAAUGAAUGUAUUUGAUUUAGUCCAAUGGAAGAGGCAAAAGAUCACAGAGGUGUACCACAACUGGCAGAAUUUGAAUCAUGAUAGACAACUGUGGAAGUUAGGAACACUGCCACCAGGUCUCAUAACCUUCUGGAAACGCACUUUCCCACUGAACAAAGCGUGGCAUGUGUUGGGUCUUGGCUACAAUCCCAACGUCAACCAAAAAGAUAUUGAUCGGGCUGCUGUUAUGCACUACAAUGGGAACAUGAAGCCAUGGUUGGAGAUAAGUAUUCCCAAGUUUAGAGGUUACUGGACAAAGUAUGUCAACUAUAAUCAUGUCUAUUUGCGAGAAUGCAACAUCAAUCCGUAGAUAGAGAUGGGUCAGUAUGAUAUCAUUCAAGUUUUGUGAUGUCAAAUCCUAAAUGUGUAGGGCUUCUGUUUUUUUAAAGCUUCACAAUUCAUUUUUUGUAUUAAGUUUUUUUCAUGUUUUAUAUCAGUAUUUUUUGAAUUGGUGCAUAGAAGGUUUAGAGCGUACAAAGUGCAGAGAUGCUAACUGUACUUGUAAAUGGAACAUGAAACGAAGAGGCUAUUCUUUAAGUUUUAGAGUGUGCCUUUCUCAGAACAUCGCUUAUAUCUCGUCUCGUUUCUAUUAGUUGAUAUGUACAUGUUUCAUUUUAAGCUUACA